AUGUCAAACUAUACUAAUAACGCGUUCUUCAGCUUGGCUGCAGGCGGCGAUGAUCCAAACUCAUUUGUACCGCCUCAAAAUGUUCCUCCACCCACAAAAGCUCCCAUGAGCUAUAAUCCUUGUUCCGGUCCUUACCCAAAUUUGUAUCCACAAAGUUCGAAUUCCACCUCGAAUUCUUACAACUACUCUAAUCCGUUAUAUGCACCUGGAAAGGAAAACCAAAACAUGUUUAAUACAUCUUUACCUAAGUCUAAUAAGCCUACCCGUCCAUACAUCCCGUCGUACACUCGUUUAACAUACUCUGUACCCCCCUUGCCUUUACCUCCUCCUUCCGAAUGUUCUCUUGAGGUUAUGACGGAUAGAAAACCUUCUAUCAUGCCCUCUUAUGAAGACUCUAAUCAGUUUUAUUUCCCCAUGGAUGAUGGACGAAAGCCCCCUUACUCAUAUGCCAUGCUUAUCGGAAUGUCCAUCCUUUGCUCACUCGAAAAACGACUUACACUAAGCGGCAUUUAUGACUGGAUCAGUGGGACGUUUUCGUUUUACAGUAAAUCCAGCAACGGCUGGCAAAACUCUGUCCGUCACAACCUCAGCCUCAAUAAAGCUUUUAUGAAGGUUGAACGAUCCAAAAAUCUUCCUGGAAAGGGUCACUUUUGGGCUAUCCGUCCCGGUUAUGAAGAUCAAUUUCAAAAGUUGAAACUCAGAGAAUCUAGUGUUAAUCCGCGACCGGCUCCACCUAUUUUCGAAGGUAACACGUCGAUGGCCUCUUCGCUUCCAAAUUAUUCUGCUCUAUCUCUGAAGUAUCAGAAUGGAAAUGGAAACUCGUUUUAUCAAUAUAGAAGAACUCCUUCUACUGGUUCCACCGAAAGGUAUUCCCAAUCAAGGGAGGCUAGCAUAACAGACCGAGAGGCGCAUAACGAUUACCCGCAUUAUUGGGGAGCUCCCAAAUCUAAGGUUGUUGAGAAUGGAUCGUCUGAAUUGGAAACCAAAUUUUCCGAUUUAGGUGUCUCAUCGAUAAUGAGUGCUGGCUCUUCUCAGUCAGGAAUUCAAUCACCAACACCUCCCGUGUCUUCUCCCGAUUCAAAUGAUUCUUAUCGGUUUAACACCGUGAACAAUAGAGUCGAGUCAACUAAAAGUCCAAAUGAGCAGAGAACCCAUAACAAGGUUCGAGCUUCACCAUUGUCACUUGAAGAGACGGCGGCAUCAGGCGACCUCGCUUCCGAAACAAAUACCAAUGCAUACGAUAAUGAAGUUUAUGUGGAUGAAUUAAACACACGAGAGGCAAGUUCUUCAGCCUCUCAAAAGGAAGGUGCUGAUCUUCCCUCGUCGCUUCCCGCCUCUCCAACUCAUACACCUAGCGUAUUCAAACCAAUAAAGCGAUCUCUUUCUAUUGAUCUUCCUACUCCGCCUCGUACAUUGUGCCCGAGAGCCCUUUCCUUAUGUGAUGAUAUGUCUACUAAUGAUUAUAAUAAGUCUUCCCUUCUAUCCCCUAUAAGUUUCGAUUCAAGUGCACAGUUUGCUAGCCCCUCCACCAAUUUAAAGGAACAUCGAAAUCACAUUUUACAGAUGCUAGCAACUCCUGAUGCGAAGCAGUUUAAUAAUAUUGCGGUUUCUACCGAAACGGACUCAUGGAAUUUAACUCCGUUUCGGCCUUCAGCUGCAUCGAAUGAGGACAUCUUGUCUCGCAGUUUGCAAUCAAUUCUUAAAAAUGAAAGAUUUAAGUCAGACUUGGAGAAGCCGAAAGAAAACGAUUCUUCUUUUGUGGAAACUCCUAGCAAGCCGCAAUGGGCUAAUAAUUCUGAUAUGCUUGACUGUGACUUUUUGGAGGCAAUGGACAUGUUUAAUUGUGAUGCUAUGCCAUCUAAUGUGUUUAGCCCUAUAAGAGCUUCUCCAAUUAAACGUGAGGUGAGACGAAAACAUGUUCCAAGCAGUCUAUCCCUAGCACGGGCAUCCAUUGCCCAGGAUGAUAGUUAUUUACCUUCUCCCACAAAACGAAAAAUGCCGCAAUUGGCGAGACAAUCGUCAACUAUGUUUUAA